AUGUCCGCCGCAGCCGACGACGGCGACGCCGCCGCCGCCGCCGGCGCCGCCGUGCUGCCACCUGUCAUCCGGCGGUUGGACGAGGCGGUGGUGAACCGCAUCGCGGCGGGCGAGGUGAUCCAACGGCCGGCGUCGGCCGUGAAGGAGCUGGUGGAGAACAGCCUGGACGCGCGCGCGCGGAGCGUGGGCGUGGUGGUGAAGGACGGCGGGCUCAAGAUGAUGCUCAUCACCGACGACGGCCAUGGCGUCCGCGUGAGUCGCGCGGGAAGUGG